AUGCCCAUCGCACGCAACCCGACUGUCUUCGUGAGCGGCGGAUCAAGGGGCAUUGGGCUUGCGAUUGCACUCAAGCUCGCGAAGGAGGCCAAGGCGAACGUCUGCAUCGCGGCGAAGACUGCUACACCUCAUCCAAAGCUACCUGGAACUAUCUACACUGCGGCGGAAGCGAUUGAGGAGGCAGGAGGAAAGGCUCUCCCGCUCGUCGUCGAUAUCCGACAGGCAGACCAGGCCAUCGAGGAGACGGCGUCCAAGUUCAACGGGAUCGACAUCGUGAUCAACAAUGCUUCCGCCAUCUCGCUCACCGACUCGCAACACACGCCCGUCAAGACCUACGACCUCAUGUCAGCCAUCAACGGUCGCGGAACCUAUUUGACUUCCGCACUCGCGAUCCCGCACCUCCUCAGCUCCGCAGACGCAGGCCGAAACCCUCACAUCCUCUCGCUUGCCCCACCGCUACAAGGAAACCUCACGCCUGAGAUGCUUGGUGGGUGUACGGCGUACUCGAUGGCCAAGUUUGCGAUGAGCCUUGCGACGGUCGGGUUGGCAGGAGAGCUGAAGGGGAAAGUCGGCGUGAACGCACUCUGGCCCCUCACCUACAUCUCAACCGAAGCGAUCCGCCUCCUCAUCGGCGCAGAAGGCCGCGACCGCUCCUCGCGCGAUCCCUCAAUCGUAGCAGACGCAGCGUUCGCAAUGCUGGAAGAAGACGGGCGAAGCUAUUCAGGAAACUUUGAGAUUGACGAGCUUGCGCUACGACGAAUGCGCGGGUUCACCAACUCUGACCUGACGCGGUACUCGCCCGACCCCUCGAUGCCUUUCUCUGACCUCCACGAAGACUUGUUUGUGCCGCAGUGGGUCAGGGACGAGGUUGCUGAGCUGAGAGGGGAGGGCGGAGCGGAGGGGGAGGGGGCGGAUGUGAGGGGUUGA